CCCUCUCCCCCCCCCCCCCCCCCCCCCCCCCCCCCCCCCCCCCCAACCCCCCCCCCCCCCCACCUCCCCCCCCCCCCCCCCCCCCCCCCCCCACCCCCCCCGCCCCCCACCCCCCCCCCCCCCCACCCCCCCCCCCCCCCCCCCCCCCCCCCCCCCCCCCCCCCCCCCCCCCACCCCCCCCCCCCCCCACCCCCCCCCCCCCCCACCCCCCCCCCCCCCCACCCCCCCCCCCCCCCACCCCCCCCCCCCCCCACCCCCCCCCCCCCCCACCCCCCCCCCCCCCCACCCCCCCCCCCCCCCACCCCCCCCCCCCCCCACCCCCCCCCCCCCCCACCCCCCCCCCCCCCCACCCCCCCCCCCCCCCACCCCCCCCCCCCCCCACCCCCCCCCCCCCCCACCCCCCCCCCCCCCCACCCCCCCCCCCCCCCACCCCCCCCCCCCCCCACCCCCCCCCCCCCCCACCCCCCCCCCCCCCCACCCCCCCCCCCCCCCACCCCCCCCCCCCCCCACCCCCCCCCCCCCCCACCCCCCCCCCCCCCCACCCCCCCCCCCCCCCACCCCCCCCCCCCCCCACCCCCCCCCCCCCCCACCCCCCCCCCCCCCCACCCCCCCCCCCCCCCACCCCCCCCCCCCCCCACCCCCCCCCCCCCCCACCCCCCCCCCCCCCCACCCCCCCCCCCCCCCACCCCCCCCCCCCCCCACCCCCCCCCCCCCCCACCCCCCCCCCCCCCCACCCCCCCCCCCCCCCACCCCCCCCCCCCCCCACCCCCCCCCCCCCCCACCCCCCCCCCCCCCCACCCCCCCCCCCCCCCACCCCCCCCCCCCCCCACCCCCCCCCCCCCCCACCCCCCCCCCCCCCCACCCCCCCCCCCCCCCACCCCCCCCCCCCCCCACCCCCCCCCCCCCCCACCCCCCCCCCCCCCCACCCCCCCCCCCCCCCACCCCCCCCCCCCCCCACCCCCCCCCCCCCCC